AUUUGGAAAAAUACAGAACCUCUCUGCCUUGCCUAGGGUUCUCUUUCCCUAUAAGCCCUUGAGCCAGUCUUGUCGCGGUCGCAGAACCGCCUUAGGCUUUCGGAGCUCGCUGCAGCAGCAGAUUACUAGGGGUUGAAGAAUGUCACAUCGGAAGUUUGAGCAUCCCAGGCACGGAUCACUCGGAUUUCUUCCGAGAAAGAGAGCAUCCCGUCACAGAGGGAAAGUGAAGGCUUUUCCUAAGGAUGAUCCUACCAAGCCUUGCAGGCUCACUGCCUUCUUGGGCUACAAGGCAGGGAUGACUCACAUUGUCAGGGAGGUCGAAAAGCCCGGAUCAAAGCUUCACAAGAAGGAAACAUGUGAGGCAGUGACAGUCAUUGAAACCCCUCCAAUGGUGGUGGUUGGUGUUGUGGGUUAUGUCAAGACCCCUCGAGGCCUUCGCUCAUUGAACACAGUGUGGGCUCAGCAUUUGAGUGAGGAAGUGAGGCGCAGGUUCUACAAGAACUGGUGCAAAUCUAAGAAGAAAGCAUUCACCAAAUACUCUAAGCAGUAUGAAACUGAAGACGGAAAGAAGAACAUACAAGCUCAGCUUGAGAAAAUUAAGAAAUAUGCAACCGUUGUUCGUGUUUUGGCUCACACUCAGAUCAGAAAGAUGAAGGGUUUAAAGCAGAAGAAAGCACACUUGAUGGAAAUCCAGGUCAAUGGUGGGACUAUUGCUCAAAAGGUGGACUUUGCAUAUGGCUUUUUUGAGAAGCAAGUUCCCAUUGACGCUGUGUUCCAGAAGGAUGAGAUGAUUGACAUAAUCGGAGUGACAAAGGGUAAAGGUUACGAAGGUGUUGUCACCCGGUGGGGUGUAACACGUCUUCCUCGUAAGACUCACAGGGGUCUAAGGAAGGUUGCUUGUAUUGGUGCGUGGCAUCCUGCUAGGGUCUCGUUCACAGUUGCUAGGGCUGGUCAGAACGGGUACCACCACCGCACUGAGAUGAACAAGAAGGUUUAUAAAAUUGGCAAGGUUGGUCAGGAGUCCCACACUGCUCUUACUGAGUUUGACAGGACCGAGAAAGACAUUACUCCAAUGGGCGGCUUCCCGCACUAUGGCUUGGUGAAAGAUGACUAUGUGAUGAUCAAGGGAGGCUGUGUUGGACCCAAGAAAAGGGUGGUGACACUCCGACAGUCCUUGCUCAAGCAAACCUCUCGUGUGGCUCUGGAGGACAUCAAGCUCAAGUUCAUCGACACCUCUUCUAAGUUUGGACAUGGCCGAUUCCAGACAAUGCAAGAGAAGCAGAAGUAUUAUGGACGCUUGAAGGCUUAAUGAAGCAAAUAAUUAAGUCCGACUAUCCUGGUCACGGAUCGCUUGGAGAGGGCUUCUGGUUGUCUCUUAUGAUAUGGAAUCCUUUUUCCGACAUCGAUUUCCAAUCUAUGAAAUUUUGUUUUAGUGUGUGGUAUUUUUGUUCUACAUAUUGUAGUUUCCUGAUUUGGAUAGAGAUAAGGAUGGUUCGUUUGAGAAAA